CCCGGCCAGCUCUGGGGCCCCGGCAGGGCUGGGAAAUGAUGGAGCAGCCGGAGGCAGAGGCGACCGAGUGUUGAGUGGAACCUGCGGGAUCUGCCGCGAUGGGAUCGGGCGCGGGCUCGCCCUUUGGGGUCCUCCGGCUCCAGUGGCUACUGUUGUUUGGCUUGAUGGGCCCAGUUCUCGGUGGGGCUCGGCCAGGUUUUCAACAGACCUCACAUCUCUCUUCUUAUGAAAUUAUAACUCCUUGGAGAUUAACUAGAGAACGAAGAGAAGCCCCUAGGCCCUAUUCAAAACAGGUGUCUUAUAUCAUUCAGGCUGAAGGAAAAGAGCAUAUUAUUCACUUGGAAAGGAACAAUGACCUUUUGCCCCGAGAUUUUGUAGUUUAUACCUACAACAAGGAAGGGGCUCUGAUCUCUGACCAUCCUGAUGUACAGAAUCAUUGUCAUUAUCGGGGCUAUGUGGAGGGAGUUUAUAAUUCAUCCAUUGCUCUUAGCGACUGUUUUGGACUCAGAGGAUUGCUGCAUAUAGAGAAUGUGAGUUACGGGAUUGAACCCCUGCAAAACAGCUCUCGUUUUGAGCACAUCUUUUAUCGAAUGGAAGAUGUCCACAAAGAGCCUCUGAAAUGUGGGGUUUCCAGCAAGGAUAUGGAGAAAGAAACAAACUAUGAGGAGGAAGAGCCUCCUAGCAUCACUCAGCUACUUCGAAGAAGAAGAGCUGUCCUGCCACAGACCCGAUAUGUGGAGCUGUUCAUUGUCGUAGACAAGGAAAGGUAUGACAUGAUGGGAAGAAAUCAGACCGCAGUGAGAGAGGAGAUGAUCCGUUUAGCAAACUACUUGGAUAGUAUGUAUAUUAUGUUGAAUAUUCGAAUUGUGCUAGUUGGACUAGAGAUUUGGACAAAUGGAAACCUGAUCAACAUAAUUGGAGGUGCUGGUGAUGUGUUGGGGAACUUUGUACAGUGGCGGGAAAAGUUUCUCAUAACACGUCGGAGACAUGACAGUGCCCAGCUAGUUUUGAAGAAAGGUUUUGGCGGGACUGCAGGAAUGGCAUUUGUGGGAACAGUAUGUUCAAGGAGCCACGCAGGCGGGAUUAACGUGUUUGGGCAAAUCACAGUGGAGACGUUUGCAUCCAUUGUUGCUCAUGAGUUGGGUCAUAACCUUGGAAUGAAUCAUGAUGAUGGCAGAGAUUGUUUUUGUGGAGCGAAGAGCUGCAUCAUGAAUUCAGGAGCAUCAGGUUCCAGAAACUUUAGCAGUUGCAGUGCAGAGGACUUUGAGAAGUUAACUUUAAAUAAAGGAGGAAACUGCCUUCUUAAUAUUCCAAAGCCUGAUGAAGCCUAUAGUGCUCCCUUCUGUGGUAAUAAAUUGGUGGACCCCGGGGAAGAGUGUGACUGUGGUACUCCAAAGGAGUGUGAAUCCGACCCUUGUUGUGAAGGAAGUACUUGUAAACUUAAAUCAUCUGCCGAAUGUGCAUAUGGUGACUGUUGUAAAGACUGUUGGUUCCUUCCAGGAGGUACUUUAUGCCGAGGAAAAACCAAUGAAUGUGAUGUUCCAGAAUAUUGCAAUGGUUCUUCUCAGUUCUGUCAGCCAGAUGUUUUUAUUCAGAAUGGAUAUCCUUGCCAGAAUAACAAAGCCUAUUGUUACAAUGGCAUGUGCCAGUAUUAUGAUGCUCAGUGUCAAGUCAUCUUUGGCUCAAGUAGUGGCCGUUCUAGUGGCUUCCAGUCGGCCUUUCCUGCCGUAAUCGCCCUGACUCUACAGGAGCACCGUGAUCAGCUAACCAAUGCCUUAGGUCUGUGCAAGUCACACUUUUCUGAUUGCUUCUUUGACUUUGCUGUUCAUUAUGCAAAAGGGAUAUCAAGUAGCUGUAACAAGAGAACUGCUUUGAUGUGUUUGCUCUCACAUGCUUUCUCUGUUGAGAUUCCCUUCAACCAAAUAUCCGUAAACUUUCCUUAUGUAUCCAAAUAUGUAAUUUUCCUUUUGUAUCUACACUGGGUGCAUUUUAUGUUUGCGUUAUUCCUUUAUCUUUAUAGGAAUGCAUUGUGUGGAAAGCUUCAGUGUGAGAAUGUACAGGACAUGCCUGUAUUUGGAAUCGUUCCUGCUAUUAUUCAGACUCCCAGUAAAGGCACCAAAUGUUGGGGUGUGGAUUUCCAGCUAGGAUCCGAUGUUCCAGAUCCUGGGAUGGUGAAUGAAGGCACAAGAUGUGACAAUGGAAAGAUUUGUAGAAACUUCCAAUGUGUAAAUGCUUCUGUUCUGAAUUAUGACUGUGAUAUUCAGAAAAAGUGUCAUGGACAUGGGGUAUGUAAUAGCAAUAAGAAUUGUCACUGUGAAAAUGGCUGGGCUCCCCCAAAUUGUGAGACUAAAGGCUAUGGAGGAAGUGUGGACAGUGGACCUACAUACAAUGAAAAGAAUACUGCAUUGAGAGAUGGACUUCUGGUAUUCUUUUUUGCAAUUGUUCCCCUUAUUGUACUUGCUGCUUUUGUCUUCAUCAAGAGAGAUCAACUGUGGAAAAGCUACUUCCGAAAGAAGAGAUCACAAACAUAUGAAUCAGAUGGCAAAAACCAAGCGAAAGCUUCUAGACAGCCAGUGAGCGUUCCUCGACAUGCUUCUUCAGUGACUCCUCCCAGAGAAGUUCCUAUAUAUGCAAACAGAAUUCCGGUACCAACUUACGCAGCCAAGCAGCCUCAGCAGUUCCCAUCAAGGCCACCUCCACCACAACCGAAAGUAUCAUCUCAGGGAAAUUUAAUUCCUGCUCGUCCUGCACCUGCACCUCCUUUAUAUAGUUCCCUCACUUGAUUUUUUUUUUUUUUUUUUUUACCUUUACUUUUGCAGACAUCUUCAGGGAACUGAGCUAAUCCUUUUUUUUUUCCU